AGCGACUAACUUCCGGCUCGGCCGUUGUCUGGGCGGUGCGGUCGAGUCAUCGCUGGGCUUAGCUGUUCUGUUCUUCUAUCCCUCCCCCGCGCCCCGGCGCGGGGGGUCUACCAGCAGAGCUAGACGGCUCAGCCCUUGCCCCACUUUUCGUCGCGGCCGACCUGCGCCCCAGCCGCUAGCGCUGGGGCCUGGGGUUCCUGGGGCCCGCGAGGCCCGGUCUUUGGGUCGGGGCCUGCCUGGGCCCGCAGCUGGGCUCCAUGAGGCACAGCCUGACCCAGCUGCUGGCAGCCUCAGGCCGCGAGUCCCCGCCCCGCAGCGAGAGCCCGGCGCCGGCCGCCCCCUGCUCGCUCCCCCUGGACCGGACGACCGCUGCACCUGGGGAGGAGGACACGGCGGCUGCCGGGUCUCCCGGUUGCGAGCAGCCGCGCGGCGACGAGGGCGAGGCGGAGGCCGGGAGGUGGGGGCGCGGCGGCGAGGCUGUGCGCGCGCCCUCGCCUGAGGAGAUGGAGGAGGAGGCGAUCGUCGGCGUCCCCGGGGAGGAGACGGAGGACAUGGACUUUUUGUCUGGGCUGGAACUGGCCGAUCUGCUAGACCCUCGGCAGCCGGACUGGCACUUGGAGCCCGGGCUCAGCUCGCCAGGGCCUCUCUCCUCGUCUGGUGGCGGCUCAGAUAGCGGCGGUCUUUGGAGAGGGGACGACGACGACGAGGCCGCUGCGGCUGAGAUGCAGCGCUUUUCUGACCUGCUGCAGAGGCUGUUAAACGGUAUCGGAGGCUGCGGCAGCGGCAGUGACAGUGGCAGCGGGGAAAAGAGGCGGAGAAAGUCUCCUGGAGGAAGCAACAGUGGCGGCAGCGGCAGCGACAGCACUCAGGCGGCAACAAAGAGUCCCCGGAAGGCGGCGGCGGCCGCAGCCCGUCUUAAUCGGCUAAAGAAGAAGGAAUACGUGAUGGGCUUGGAGAGUCGCGUUCGGGGUCUGGCAGCCGAGAACCAGGAGCUGCGAGCCGAGAAUCGGGAGCUGGGCAGGCGCGUCCAGGCACUGCAGGAGGAGAGUCGCUAUCUACGGGCGGUCCUAGCCAACGAGACUGGACUGGCUCGCCUGCUGAGCCGGCUGAGCGGCGUGGGACUGCGGCUGACCACCUCGCUCUUCAGAGACUCGCCCGCCGGUGACCAUGACUACGCCCUGCCUGUAGGAAAGCAGCAGCAGGACCUGCUGGAAGAGGACGAGUCGUCGGCAGGAGGAGUGUGUCUUCAUGUGGAUAAGGAUAAGGUGUCGGUGGAGUUCUGCUCGGCAUGCGCUCGGAAGGCGUCGUCGUCUCUUAAAAUGUAGGGUCAAGUAAUCUGCUCUUUAUCCGCGUUUACCCCUUUCAACUCCCUAACACCAUGUAAAACACUUUAGUGGGACAUCUUCACUGGACACAUUUCAGAGGAGGAAAAAAGUAAUAUUGAAUCUUUAAGUGUUUAGCUAAAAGCAUGAAUGUGACACUGUAACCAGCUCCUAAUGAUAACCUGUGACUAUUAAAUCUCUCUGACAGUUUCUUUUUUAGGUGAUUUCCUUCCUGCCAGGCUCCGUUGUAGGGGUUACAGAACAGUCGUUCCCGCCUCACAACCUGACUUGCGUGUACCUAGCUCUUCUGUACCCAGUGUGGACAUGGCCUUGGAUGACAUCGGUUCCAACUGUACACUGAAACCUGCUUAUAGCGAUACAGUUUGGAGACAGUGAAACAGGUGAAGUUGAAUGGAAGUUCCGAGUUGUACAAGGUGCAAAUUGGAAUUCCAAUUUUAGAGCAACUUUUCAGAGGUUGACAAUGAGUAUUUAAGAAAUGCAAAAUGUAACAGUUAUUUUGCUGGAGAUGACAGAAAUCUCUUAAAUAUUCAAGAAUGUUUUUUUAGUUUUCAGUAGAAGAUACAAAAAUACAAUCUCUUCAAGUAACAGAUUUUAAUAUCUCACUAUUAGAAAAAUUGCAGAUUUACCUAUCAGACUCUUGUAUUUUAGUUAAUUGGAGGAAGGAUGCUAAUGAAAUGUUUCUUUGAGGACCAGCACAGUGAUUACCCUAUCACUCAUAUAAAUUGUUGGAUACUUUUUUAUGUUGUAUUGACAUUAUAGCUUAAAUUUAUGUAUGUAUGAUUAGAUACUGAAGAUUGUGAAAUGUGAAUGAAAACGUGUAAAGUGAGGCUUCACAAAGAAUCUUAAUUCACUGUAUUUUAAAUGUAUGUUCCUUAUUUAAAAUACUUUUUUUUAAAGUUGAGUGGUUCUGCCACUUAAUGGAAUGAUGUUAUUUUUUCCAAACAUGGAACAUAUUCUUCCGUUGCAGUACUUUUAACUAUUGUCCACUUGUAUAAAUUAUAAUGUCCUUCAUUAUAAGGGGCAUUAAGAAAUUCUUUGUGAAACAUCACUGUUUGAUAAAGUAUAUACGUAUUUAGCAUCCUUGUUUUUCUUUGUGCUAAAGUGGAUACAGCUGUUGGGGCAGAAGAGACGGGACCAGCUGCUGGCCACAUUUCCUGCUUUAUUUUAAAAGGUAGUAUAAGAAAUGAGGAAAAAGAGGUAAUAUCAGGGCUUCUGCUGUCUUUUAUUUUUAAAAUGUUCGUAAUUGAAAAGUAUUUUCCAGCAGUCCAAAGAUCUAAGUUAUCUUACACCAUAAGAUGUUUUAGUUUGUUGUUGUUUGGUUAUGGAAAUGGAAUCUUUGUUCUUGCACAACUGUAAAUGUUUUGUUGCUAGAUAAUACAACUUGAGACCUAAAUUGGUCUCUGGUUUCCAGUGCAUCACAGCAUAUUUUGUGAAAUCAUCUACUGCACUUGAGCAUGAAUGGGUAAUAGUCAAACUCACAACCUGGAGUGUGAUGAACUUUCUUAUACCUAAGGGCAAGAGCAAGCCCCUCACAAUGCAGCUGCAUGGAUUUUUAGUGCCUACUGAAUUAUAUAUAUAUAUACAUAAAAACCAAAAGUAGUUGGAAGAAUUAUUUGAAAUGACUAAUUUGUGCUAUCUUUAUGAAAUAUGUUAAAUGUAGCUUUUUGAAACAGAAGCCUUGAAUUGAAAUUCAACUAAUACUUGAACAUUUUUGUAUAUAUUUCUUUGUAUAUAAUUUUGUGCAGUACCAAUGACAAAAAUAUGGUGUCAUAAUAAAACUGGGUUUGUUGAUCUUUCAGUUAUGGGCUCAAAGAAUUUAUUCAUCUCUAAUAUGACAUUGGAAAAUAAUGGGUAAAAAUAGGAAAAAUUACUGUUGUUAAUGCUGUGGGUCUUAAAAAAGUCUGAAAGCAGUAAGUUUGUUUAUCUAAAAAUUAUACCAUUCCCGUAGAAUAUUUUCUUCCUGAUACCAAUGCUUUUCCUGCAUUAUUUAAAUUUCAAGGCUAAGGAGAAACUGUAGUCAAAGCUUUCUGAAUUGGAAUGUUUUGAAAUUCCAAGUAUAGAUUUUAGAAUGUCAUUUUAUAAAUGACAACUUGGGGAAAUAGAUGAUUUAAGAACUUUCAAAACUGGUAAGAUUACCACCUGUUUUUAAAGCUGCUUUGUUAGGUUUCUUGUUUUAUUAACUGUCUCCUCUCAGUUUCCAUUUCAUUAUUUCUUUUUUAGUUUUGGUGACUUAGUGAAUUUGUCAUUUUUUACAUCAACUCAUGGUCUUGUUUUUACAUGGUAAUUGCAUGUAUUUAGGACCUAUCAGGGGUUAAUCCAGUCAUAUUUAUGUGUUAGCACAUCUUACUGUAAAUGUUUGGGUUUCUGAAUUUACAACAGAUGUUUAUUUCAGUAUGUAGUAAACAGAAUCUUUUAAAGUGUCCUAUUCACUACUUGUUAAUUAAAAAGUUAUGAUUAAUAUGAAACUGUUGUCUUACUAUUUUCAGAAAAGUGUGUUCUAAAUGAUUAGUAUUUGGAUUAAGAGAUUUCUGGAAUAUAAAGUAGAUUGUUUUUGAAAUGUUCAGGUUUGGUUCUAUUUAAUGGUUGAAAACAAUUUAGUAUUUGGGGGACCUUUUCCUUUUGGGUAAUUGUGCCUCUUUGGUUAAAUGACAACAGAACUAGAAACACAGGUUUUGUAAUACUUGUCUUCCUAUGGUGGCAGGAAUUCAUACAUUAAUUGAACUAACACAACAUGUUGACCUACUAUUUCAUACCAACUUAACUGUUUCUGCACUUCCUUGAUCAGAGUUAAUUAAAAAUAACACUUCUUAAAAAAUAUAGUCACUCCUCUGAUAUAUCCAACAAAGUGUUCGAAAUAUUUUAAAUAUUUGUUCAUUUUAUAAUCACUAAAUUAAUUUCUCUCUCUUCUCUUUGAACAGCUUAGCAGUAUCUGCAAAAACGAAUCUUUUCCUACAACCUGUUAACUGACUGGACUGAUGGUAACAAAGUAAUUGUGGGAGCCAUGUCGGUCAAAAAUUUGGCAUCUGCUGAAAAAUAUGAAUGCCAUUUUUCAAGUUCCCAAAUUACUUCUAUAUUGAUUUUACUUUCCAGAAAUGGAGAUAUGAAAAGAUUCUCUGGAAUGCUUGAAAGACUUAAUAGAAAUACAUGAAACUAAGUUAAUUUUUGGAACAAAAUUAUACUUUUUUUGUCUUUCAUGGGAGUGAUAUUCAGUUCUUUGCAUAUCUUUUAAAACUUGUACCAAUGGAGAAGAGAAUUAUAGUAUUUCAUCAAGAAAUCAUAGAUUCUUGACAUUAUCAAGAACACAUUCUAUGGAAUUACAUUUAGUGGACUAGAGUUACAUAAAUAGGCCGUCAGUGAUCACAAAGCAUAUGAGUUUGUAUUUAUUUCCUGGAACGUAAAAGCUGAUUUGGAGGACAGACAGACACCUUGCUGAGAAUAUAAAAGUUAAUGUAAAGUCCUUAACUAUAAAGAACAGUCUUUCAAAAGAUGCAUUGAUUUGUCUGUACAUCCUUUGAAAAAGCUGGUUGUAAUAAAAUGUAUAAGUAGUUAAUUACAAUUUAGGUUAACACCUAGGCUGUGUAGAUCCUGAGGCAUUUGAAUAAUUGACUUUGAGAUUAAAUGAUGUACUAGUUUAUAUAUCAAAAGUUUUAUAGUGUUAUCUGAGGGCCAUCAUUCUAGAUGAUGGGAGUGGGUUUUUUCAUGGAAUAUGGUUUUAUUGAAACUUUUUGUGGUUUAUUACAAAUAUGAAAAAACCUCAAGACUUUGGAUUAUUUCAUUUUUGUUGGAUGUUAAUAUUUUUUGCCCUGGUCUAGACUGAGUCAUUUUAUUUUACUCACUUGCCUGGGAAUUGUGUAGGUGAUAGAAAAGGGAAUGUAGGACUUCACAAUAACUGUAUAGUUGGUCUUAUAUGGUAAUCAAAAUUAAAAGUCCAGUUUCCUAUAAUGUGAACAUACUCAGUGCAUUAAAGCCAGGCAGCCAAGAGCAUCCCCCCAGUAGCUUAUACUGAUGCAUCCACAGUACGGCCAGUUCUACCACUAUACUUUUGUUCACAAAUACUAUGAAUAGAUUAGUGGUUGUCUUUUCAAUAUGUGGCUAUCUACUUGAGCAUUUUGAAGUUAUAGAUGAAGAUCUGACUAAUUUAGUCAAAUUUUUAAGCUAAUUUGUUAGUCUUGAUAGGUAAUGUUUAUUUUUUCCCAAAUUAUCAAUAUAAACUUUGAGACCAUUCUAAAUGUUUUACAUUUUUACCUUUUUAUUGAGUUACCACCGAAGUCAGAAAUCAAAAAGGGAAGACUUUCCAUUAGAAAUGUUGAAAAGAGGGGCUGGGGAUUUAGCUCAGCGGCAUAAGUGCCUGCCUUGCAAGCAGGCAGUCAUGAGUUCGAUCCUCAGUACCGGUAAAAAAAACGAGAAAGAUAAAAAAAAAAAAGAAAUGUUGAAGAACAUUUGGUUUGGCCAGCACACUUUUCAUAUAUUUGAAUUUUAGUACCUUUAUCUGUAGGCGCAACAUUCUUUCAGCCACUCUUAAUACCCUGUAGUUUUUGUUGACCUAAAAUUACUUGAAAAUAUUUUGCUCAGUUUCCACAGGAACUAAUUUAAAAAUCUAGUCACUACUUAUGUUUAGAAAAUUGUGUAAUCCUGUAAUUGUAACAAUUUGAAUUAGUAGCCCAGAAUGUGCUUGUAAAUUCUCUUCCAUGUAUUUCCACUGAGGUCAAUUCCCUGGACCCCUCUGCUCUUAGUAUACUACAAUUUAAGAGUAACAAAAUACUUUACUGUAUCAGUUAUUAACCCCCCCCCCUUUAGACCUUAUAUAAUUAAAAGUGAACUGUAAAAGACUGGGCUUAUCUACUGUGACAACUGGAAUAUAAAAUAUUUUUCUGAUUGAGGUAGUGUUCUUUAGGUCUUAGCUAUAAAUGACUGCGUUGUAAUGCACCUCAGAGCAGGUUCAUAUUGUCAUAGAUUUGCUGCCUUGUGACAAAAAAUUUUUUUUGUGAUCAGUAGUAAACAGAUCAAAGCUG